GGUUGACAGGAUCCCGAGUCCGCAGUGACAGUGACAGCCCCUUCCUCAGCUGGAAAACGCCAUGGUCGUCUAAAAAUGACCACUGGCUUUCUGAAUGAAGCCAUUUCUGAAUGAAUCUCAGCUUUCUAGGAAGGGAAAGGGUCCCGGGUGAAUUAGGAUGGCCGCCUCCAGGUUCCUUUUAGCUUCCAAAGAAGCUGUCACAGGAAUCCAGCAGAUUUCUAGUCUGACUGACAGGCCAAGCCCUGGAAUGGGGUGGGGGACCCCAGCCUCAGUGGACCCCAGAGAGACCCCUGUGGUCUGAGAGGGGCUAGGGAGCGAGGAACCGGGCCAGGGCGGCUUGGCCCCCAGAGUGCUCCCCUCUUGGAGCCCGGGGACCUGCUGAGUCAAGCCGGCAAGAGGUGGGCAAGUCAAGAGCAGGAUGCUGCUGAGACUGCGGUCAGUGACCGUGACCAAUUCAGAAAGCAGAUCCUCCGUGACUCAGCAAACCCUGCCGGUUCCUCCACACGUGUCCCCUGCCAUGUCUGGGGACAGGGCAGCUCUGGGGACAGGCAAUGGAGCCUGGGUGGAGGGGCCGGCCAAGGCAGGUGCUGCCACCCCCGUCCUAGGCCCCCCUCCCUCUGCUCCCCCACCAGGGCACCUUCAGCCUCCGGAGACUGUGGGCCUUCACGGGCCCCGGAUUCCUCAUGAGCAUCGCCUUCCUGGACCCGGGGAACAUCGAGUCGGACCUGCAGGCCGGCGCCGUGGCUGGAUUCAAAGUGACCGAGUCGGGGCCUCCGUGGGGUGGGAGGUGACCAGGCUGAGAGCAGAGCCCUCAGCUUGCCAGGGGCCCUCAGGGCUGCCAGGGAGAUGGUCUUCCUGGUUCAAAUGGGUCAGGCAGGGGUCCCCCGGGGUAGCCUGCGAAGCUGGUUCCUGCUCCCUCUUCCUGCCUCUCCCCACGGGGUGUCCUGGGUUAGGGGUCCCCAGCCUGCAGCCUUCCAGGACAGCCCCCCUGGAUGAAGCUCUCCCUGCCUCCUCACAGCUGCUCUGGGUGCUGCUCUGGGCCACCGUGCUGGGCCUGCUGUGCCAGAGACUGGCUGCCCGGCUAGGCGUGGUGACGGGCAAGGACUUGGGCGAGGUCUGCCACCUCUACUACCCGAAGGUGCCCCGCACCCUCCUCUGGCUGACCAUCGAGCUCGCCAUCGUGGGCUCCGACAUGCAGGAGGUCAUCGGCACAGCCAUCGCUUUCAACCUGCUCUCAGCUGGACGAAUCCCGCUCUGGGGUGGCGUCCUGAUCACCAUCGUGGAUACCUUCUUCUUCCUCUUCCUGGAUAACUAUGGGUUGCGGAAGCUGGAAGCUUUUUUUGGAUUCCUGAUCACCAUCAUGGCCUUGACUUUCGGCUACGAGUACGUGGUGGCUCGGCCGGCACAGGGACCGCUUCUUCGAGACCUGUUCCUGCCCUCGUGCCCGGGCUGCGGCCAUUCAGAGCUGCUGCAGGCCGUGGGCAUCGUGGGCGCCAUCAUCAUGCCCCACAAUAUUUACCUGCACUCAGCCUUGGUCAAGUCCCGAGAGGUGGACCGUGCCCGCCGGGCGGAAGUCCGAGAAGCCAACAUGUACUUCCUGAUCGAGGCCUCCAUCGCCCUCUCGGUCUCCUUGGUCAUCAACCUCUUCGUCAUGGCCGUCUUUGGGCAGGCCUUCUUCCAGAAGACCAACCAGGACGCGUACAGCGUCUGUGCCAACAGCAGCCUCCACGACUACGCCUCCAUCUUCCCCAGGAACAACGACACGGUGUCGGUGGACAUUUACCAAGGAGGCGUGAUCCUGGGGUGCCUCUUCGGCCCCGCGGCGCUCUACAUCUGGGCGGUGGGUCUCCUGGCGGCCGGGCAGAGCUCCACCAUGACCGGCACCUACGCGGGACAGUUCGUGAUGGAGGGCUUCCUGAAGCUGCGGUGGUCCCGCUUUGCCCGGGUGCUCCUCACCCGCUCCUGCGCCAUCCUGCCCACGGUGCUCGUGGCCGUCUUCCGGGACCUGAGGGACCUGUCAGGCCUAAACGACCUGCUCAACGUGCUGCAGAGCCUGCUGCUUCCCUUUGCUGUGCUGCCCAUCCUAACGUUCACCAGCAUGCCCGCUGUCAUGCAGGAGUUUGCCAAUGGCCGGCUGAGCAAAGCUAUCACCUCCGGCAUCAUGGCACUGGUCUGCGCCAUCAACCUCUACUUUGUGGUCAGCUAUGUGCCCAGCCUGCCCCACCCAGCCUACUUCGGCCUUGUGGCUCUGCUGGCCGCGGGCUACCUGGCCCUCACUGCCUACCUGGUCUGGACCUGUUGCAUUGCCCAUGGGGCCACCUUUCUGACCCACAGCUCCCACCAGCACUUCCUGUAUGGGCUCCUAGAAGACAGGCGGGCGGGUCGGGAAAGCUCUGGAUGAGACCUCCAGGCCCUGGCUGGGAGAUGGGAUGAAGGGGCAGACUAGCCCCCGGACACAGACAGGCGUGGACAGGAAGGCAGCAAGAGGGAGCCAGACACUCUUGCAAAUCAACGAAAGGUGGUCUUUGGGGACUUACUGUCUCCUAGUUUGAACAAAGGCUUAAUCUCUUGGUCUGUGUCCUCAUCCUCAUGGGGACAACACCAACCUUGCCGUGGGUAUAAAGCACUUUAACGCAGUGCCUGGCACAUGGAACUUUAAAAAAUCAUUCAAAAAUAUUUACUGAGGGGGCUGGGGAUGUGGCUCAAGCGGUAGCGCGCUUGCCUGGCAUGCA